AUGCUGGGCGGUAUCAUCGACGACCUGACGGGUGGUCUCAAGAAUGCCCACCUCAAGGGCUCGGUGGUCCUGAUGCGCAAGAACGUGCUCGACUUCAACGACUUCGGCGCCACCGUCGUCGACGGCAUCGCCGAGUUCCUCGGCCGCGGCGUCACCUGCCAGCUGAUCAGCUCCACCGUCGUAGACCACAACAACGGGAACCGCGGAAAGGUCGGAGCAGAGGCGAGCCUGGAGCAAUGGCUCAUCCCCACGAGCCUGCCAUCCAUCACCACAGGCGAAUCAAAGUUCGGCGUCACCUUCGACUGGUCGGUGGACAAGCUGGGCGUCCCCGGCGCCAUCAUCGUCAAGAACAACCACGCCUCGGAGUUCUUCCUCAAGACCAUCACCCUGAACAACGUCCCCGGCAGCGCCAGCGGCACCGUCGUCUUCGUCGCCAACUCGUGGGUCUACCCGCAGGCCAAAUACCGCUACAAUCGCGUCUUCUUCGCCAACAAUACGUACCUGCCGCACCAGAUGCCGGCAGCGCUGAAGCCGUACCGCGACGACGAGCUCCGAAACCUGAGGGGCGACGACCAGCAGGGCCCCUACGAGACGCACGACCGCGUCUACCGCUACGACGUCUACAACGACCUCGGCGAAGGCCGGCCCAUCCUCGGUGGCACCAACGACCUCCCCUACCCUCGCCGAGGCCGCACCGGCCGCAAGCUGUCACAAACCGAUCCCAGGUACGAGACCCGGUUGCUGCCGGUGGUGGACACCAUCUACGUGCCGCGGGACGAGGUGUUCGGGCACCUGAAGAUGGCAGAUUUCUUCGGAUACACGAUCAAGGCGCUCGUCGAUGGCAUCGUGCCGGCCAUCCGCACGUACGUCGACCUCUCCCCAGGCGAAUUCGACUCCUUCGAGGACGUCAUCAAGCUCUACGAGGGCGGCAUCAAGCUGCCCAGCAUCCCGGCCCUCGAGAUGCGCAAGCGCUUCCCACUCGAGCUCGUCAAGGGCAUCGUUCCCAUGGGCGGCGACUACAUUCUCAAGCUCACCAAGCCACAAAUCGUCAAAGAGGAUGAGAAAGCAUGGAUGACUGACCAAGAAUUUGCUAGGGAGAUUCUUGCCGGCGUGAACCCAAUGAUGAUCACGCGUCUCACAGAGUUCCCUCCCAAGAGUACUCUUGACCCCAGAAAAUAUGGCGACCACACCAGCACCAUCACCGAGACUCACAUCGGGAAGAAGCUCGAGGGCCUCACCGUGGAGCAGGCGCUCGCCGGCAACAGGCUCUACAUCGUGGACCACCACGACCACCUGAUGCCGUUCCUGGUCGACAUCAACAACCUGGACGACAGCUUCAUCUACGCGACCAGGACACUUCUCUUCCUGCGAGGCGACGGAACGCUGGCACCGGUCGCUAUCGAGCUGAGCCUCCCCCUGCUCCAGGGUAGCCUGACCACCGCGAAUAGCACCGUGUACACGCCGGAGUCCACCGGGGUCGAGGCCUGGAUAUGGCAGCUCGCCAAGGCCUAUGUCGCCGUGAACGACUACGGCUGGCACCAGCUGAUCAGCCACUGGCUCAACACGCACGCCGUGAUGGAGCCCUUCGUAAUCGCGACCAACCGGCAGCUCAGCGCGACCCACCCGGUAAACAAGCUCCUGGUGCCACACUACCGCGACACGAUGAACAUCAACUCACGGGCACGGGAGGCGCUCAUCAACACCGCCGGGAUCAUCGAGAUGACGGUGUUCCCGCGCAAGUUCGCCAUGGAGCUGUCCUCUGUCGUCUACAAGAACUGGAACUUCGUCGAGCAGGCUCUCCCCGAUGAUCUAAUGAAGAGGGGCAUGGCAGUGGAGGACCCAUCCAGCCCAUACAAGUUGCGGCUGCUGAUCGAGGACUACCCAUACGCGGCGGACGGGCUGGCCGUGUGGCACGUGAUUGAGCAGUGGGUUGCGGACUACGUGGCCAUCUACUACCCCAACGACCACGUGCUCCAGGGCGAUGUGGAGCUUCAGGCGUGGUGGAAGGAGGUGCGCGAGGUCGGGCACGGCGACCUGAAGGAUGCGGCGUGGUGGCCCAAGAUGCAGACGGUGCCGGAGGUGGUCAAGGCCUGCGCCACCAUCAUCUGGACCGGGUGCGCUGCAGUGAACUUCGGGCAGUACCCGUACGCGGGCUACCACCCAAACAAGCCGUCGGCGAGCCGGCGCCCGAUGCCGGAGAAGGACACCGAGCAGUAUGUUGAGCUUGCGCGCGAUCCGGAGAAGGUGUUCCUCCAAACCAUCACCAACCAAUUCCAGGCGCUCGUCGGCAUCUCGCUGCUGGAGAUCCUGUCCAAGCACUCCUCCGACGAGGUUUACCUCGGGCAGCAUGACACGCCGGAGUGGACGUCGGACGCCAAGGCGCUGGAGGCAUUCAAGAGGUUCGGCGCGAGGCUAGAGGACAUCGAGCGCCAGGUGGUGGCCAUGAAUGCGAACCCGCAGCUCAAGAACCGCAACGGGCCGGCCAAGUUCCCGUACAUGCUGCUCUACCCUAACACCUCUGACUACAAGGGCGACGCCGAAGGGAUCACAGCCAGGGGCAUCCCCAACAGCAUCUCCAUCUGAGGGGAAUG